AUGCGGGACCAUCCUCGCCUAGACUCCGGUCCCUCCCUGCAGGAGCUCCCAGGCCUGCUGCUGGGCACCUGCUUCCCGCAGCUGAGCAUCCGCUGGGAGUUGUUUGUUGAAACCAUAGCCAAAGAUGCUUACGUGUAUGCUCUGCAAGGAAAAAGGAAAACUCUGCAGAGAAAAGACCUGGAUAAUGCCAUUGAAGCUAUUGAUGAAUUUGCUUUUUUGGAAGGAGAGAGAGAAGGGCUUGUGCGGGUUUGCGGUGUGAGGCUGUGCGUGGGCUUCGUUCAUAUCCGAGGCUUCUGUAUGGACACCGUAGCCAUCAGCAGAGAGGACGAGCAGGGAAACCUGUUUGCAGGGAGGGGCUGCUGCAGGAGGCAGAGCCAUUUCCUCCAUGUGGGCACGGGCUUGGGCCUCCCCAGCAUCACGCACGUCAGGGUGGACGUUGGGAAGUGCCGGUCCAGCUGCCUGGAGCAGAUCAGCUCCCCCCACCCCAGCCUCCUGGGGGUCUCCAGACACUCCUCCGUGCUCGAUUUCCUUAGGAGCAAGGGAUAUCUCCGUCUCCCAGCUCUGAAAACCUUCUUUCCAGACUCUCCCUGGGAGGUCACAAUGGACAUGGGGAGAUGCUCUGACCCGACCCCCGGUGCAGAUGGACUUUUCUGUAUGCCCACAAAGUUCAGCACUGCUCUCGUCAAAACCCCACAAGGUGAGGAGGUGGUUCGGAUGCUGGAGAAGUGCGAAAUGAAGGAAAAAUGCCAUCGUGUUUCCCAGGUGGGGUAUUAUUCUGAGAUUGUGCACAGCUCUGCGGGAUGCAGGGAGGAACGGCUCAAGGAAAUUGAUGUGGGAAGGUGCUUGGGCAGCUGCUCCCCUCGGGGAAUCCCCGCUCGCCUGGGCAAGCACAGCUGCCGCAGCAUCCGCACGCAGCCAGGAGCAG